UGUGAAUCAACGUACUAAAAUCUAGUAGCCUGUAGAAUAUUAUUUGGUGACGAGCUGACACCAAAAUACGGUGAAAAAUGUCCGCGAAAUCGUCGAAUGUUGAAAAAUUAGUGCGUGUCGGUUAUUACGAACUCGAAAAAACCAUCGGCAAGGGUAAUUUCGCCGUGGUCAAACUGGCCACACACAUUGUCACCAGAACCAAGGUGGCCAUUAAAAUAAUAGAUAAGACUGCAUUAGAUGAAGAAAACUUAACAAAAAUAUUUCGAGAGACUGCCAUUCUGAAAAAACUAAGACAUCCACACAUUACCAGGCUGUAUCAGCUUAUGGAAACGAAUCAGACCAUUUACAUGGUCACAGAGUAUGCCAGUAACGGGGAAAUUUUUGGUAAUCUGAUUUUUCAAAGUUGCAAUUUUGUACUGAUAAUUUUUGUUUCAGAUCACUUGGUGGCGAAAGGCCGAAUGCCUGAAGACGAAGCCAAACGGAUAUUUAGUCAAAUCGUUUCGGCCGUAAGCUACUGUCAUUCUCAGGGGGUAGUUCAUAGAGAUUUAAAGGCUGAAAACUUAUUGUUGGACCAUAAUUUAAACAUCAAGCUUGCCGAUUUCGGCUUCAGUAAUCAGUUCACAGAGGGCUGUCUUUUGUCAACGUGGUGUGGAUCGCCACCUUAUGCAGCUCCUGAACUAUUUCAAGGCCAUAAAUAUGAUGGACCUAAAGCCGAUAUAUGGAGUUUGGGUGUAGUUUUAUACGUUUUGGUAUGUGGUUCCCUCCCUUUCGAUGGUCGAACAUUACAUGACCUUCGCAAUGUCGUGAUUGAAGGCAAAUUCCGAAUUCCAUACUUCAUGUCACAAGAUUGCGAAUAUUUAAUAAGACACAUGCUGGUGGUCGACCCGGAAAAAAGACUGACGAUGUCUCAGAUCGUGAAACACCGAUGGUUGGCGAACUCGCCCCCCGUCGACACCGGUCCUGAGCGCGAACUCCAACUUAACAAGACUGUGAUAGACCACAUGCUGCAACUGCCCAACUUGAAUCAGAAUAUGGUCCUUGCCUCCGUCAAGAACAACACCUUCGACCACAUUCACGCCAUCUACAAUCUGUUAUUGGACAAACUACACCAGCGCACAAUCAACUUCCAGUCGAAGAUUUCGCAGCAGAGGCGCGCCGGGGAAGAACUCACUUUGGACUAUCUGCACACUCGGCCGCCGAAAAUCAACGAACGGAGCGAAUCGUUCAACGAACAACAGUUAGUGACGCAUCUCGCUGGAGAGAAACGACAAGCGGCCGAACAACAUCUCGACGAAUCGUUUAAUUAUCGACGGGAGAGUUUCAAUGAGAAUUGUCUGAGGCGGGAUGAGGAGAGGCGAAAGUCGGUCAAUGAGAGUAUUUCCGAGGAUGGAGGGUCGCCGUUUGUGUCGAUGCCGACGAUUCCGGCGGUGUAUCUGGUGGAUGAUGGAGAGAAUCAGCCUUUGGAGAAGUUCAAGGAAAUGGAUCAGGAUGCGUCGGAUGAAGCGUGUUCGUUGAGUGUACCGUCUACUUCGACGGGAUACAGCAGUUGUGGCUCUUCAAGUGAUAAGUAUCUGACGGUGAGGCGACAUACAGUUGGACCGGGAGAUUCAGCGCAUGAACAGGUAUUGGAGACGCACUACAUGAGUCAAACCCCGCAUGACCCUAACGGAACGAAACUCUUUCCCCAUACGAAUCUUCCCUUACAUCUUCCUCUUCUGGGCCAACAGAACCCUCACUAUUUCGGUGGCAAAGAUCCGCAUCUUCUUAAACCGCCGACUGUCUUAAAUGCGGCCGGAGGUUUCGGAAGGAGGGCUUCAGAUGGUGGUGCUAACCUCCACAUGGCUUGGGGAACUCCCGGCUCUCACGAGCAGUUGUCGAUGAUGUCGACGAGUUCGAGUGGAAACCCCAGUUUGAGCAGUGGGACAGUCACCCAACCAUUGGAACACAGCCAACCGGCGUUGGAUGAGUUGGCAGCAGUGGCCAGGUAUAUGCAAGGAAGGGGCAAUUCGAAACGACACACGAUGGCGAAUCCCGAAGACGUCCACAGCUUACAAUCCGGGAGCAGUUCCGGGGGCCGCACCCGUCGUACCGGUCUUUUGACCGUCAUGGAACGACCACCAGUAAUUCCACCAGAGGUAGUGAUGGAAGUUGAAGCACGCAUGAAGCGUAACUACAUGCCACCCAUGUUACCACAACGCAAGCAUUCACGGCACGCUGUCAAACCUCAUUUGCCCACAGUACAAGAGUUGCAAGGUCGCGAACCUAAAUCGAUGGAGAGGUUCAGUCCGGUGAGGAGAGGUAGCGAAGGUUCGGCGUCGGGAUCGCGGACUUUGAGUCCUUCGACGCCUCAACAGGAGUGUCAGAGGUUGCAAAGAGGGCUGCAGGCGAGGUCGAGUCCACCGAGGUCGAUUCCAGGUUCGCCUAUCCACCAACUCGUAUCCGACCCGCAAAUCCGCCACCAGAUGGCGGAAUGUUCGUCUCCGAUCCAUCAAUUUUAUCCAAACGAUCCCUCCCGCGAUCCCACUUUGGGACUUCCCCCAGAAUCGUACCAAAGCUCCUACGAUCCGAAUCGUAGUUUCGGAAACAGUCCUUUACAUUCGUCACCGUUCGGUACGAAUCCGAACAGUAACCUUAGUUCACCGAUCCAACAGAAUCUUUUCGCUACCAACUUAAGUAUGUAUUCUGGUACCAAUUCGCCUAUUAUGAACCCAUUGCUGAGUCCCAGUACUUCACCAGUGUUCGGCAAUUACGUGCAAACACCAACGGCCCCUGGCAGCAUCUCGUCCAUAACUCAAGGUAUAAGCGGUUUGAGUACCACCGGUGCGGGUUCGAUAACACAAGGAACGCCAUCUACCAGCCUCCAAUUGGAAAUUCGUAACCAACAAAUGCAAGAGGACAAAAUGGACACCACUUACUCAACCAACCUCACCAGUUUUCAACCCAAUUUCCUUCACCAGCCCCACCACAUGCAUCACAUUUUAAACAUCCAUAACCAUCGCAGUUUGACAAAUUCCCCUAUAAGCAAUCCGGGAAGUCCCGGCUUGGAUAUGAUCCAAGAGGAAUUACCCCACGUGCACAACAUCCCCAAAAUCGACCAACAAACAAUCGGUCAUCCCCAAAUCUCACUGACCGACGUCCUUGGCAGCGAAGUGACUCUAGUUGCCGGUUCGGACACCUCCGAGGAUUCAAUGGACAGUCUCGACAACCAAAAAAUCCCAAAAAUCCCUUCUUUUAUCAUUUCGGAACCAUCGGAGAACUUACCAUCGAUUACUAAAGGCAUCGGUCGCAAAACUAGUCAAGAGAAUGACGAGGCAAAAUUUUUUAGCAAACCCCACGAGGCGGAGCCGAGCGACGAGUUUUUUCUGAGACGAAAUUCGGAUAAGAGUUCGUGUUAUUCAGACGAUUCGCUUUCGAAUGAUAGUUUGAGUAUAGGGAAUCAGAGUCCGAGUUCGAGUUCCAACACUCAGAGUAGUCACGUGUGCGAUAAUACGUUUGAGAAGAUGCAAAUUUCACACGAAUUGACGGAUUCGGGGACUGGGAAUUUUCAAAUUUUUCAGAAUUUGAAAUUGGGAGAUAGUGACGAUUGUAAUUCGAAUCAGGAGGGCGAUACGAAUUUCCAUAAAAAUUCCGGUUCGUUUGAAUUCGAAUUGAGCGAAGUGUGUUCAAAGUUGCAAUCGACGGAUAUUUUGGAGAUGGUUAAGAGGACCAUCACGGAUCAAAUCCCACCUAAAACUUGCUCGAGUUCGGAAGAUGUGAACGAUAGACUGUCGUUGGAAUAUGAAGGAGGGAUUCAAAUCGAGUUGAAAGUUAUCGAUAAGCAAAAAGACUCGAAAGGGUUGAAAAUGCGACGGAUAUCCGGCGAUCAUUUGGUUUAUAACCAGCUUUGUCAACAGUUGAUUUCUUGUAUGACGGUUUCCUAGCAUUUAACGAAAUUUUCUUAGUUUCUUUACGCUUGUUUAAAGUUUAAGUUAGUGCUAAUCUCGAAUCCAAGGUUUGAGUUUUUGGUUCGUUUUAAUGUGAUGUAACCUCGUUGCCAUACAUUUUUUUCCAAGGAUUUAAACAUUCCAUUGAGAUUUUUUAUUCGUGACUGAUUUUAUUUGGCGGAUAAGAUUGUACAUAUUUCAAAUAAUGUAAAUAUUUAAUUAAUCGCACAAUGUAUAUACAAAACAAUUGUAAUAAAUCUACCUAUACUGUAACAGUUGAGUUAGUGCAAUAUUCUUGAAAUUUCUCGCAAAAUUCUGUUUCAGUGACUUAAACCUAAUAACUUUCGCAAUGAAAUUGUAUAUUUUUAUAAAUAAUGUAAAUAGUUUUACUUGAACAUUCCUAUUAGGUAGGGAAAAGAUUUUCAAUCUUUGUCAAUAUUAAUAUUCACUUAGCACAAUUUUAAUAUGCUAUUUCUAGUGUUUAAGAUUUCUACUUGACUUAAAAAAGAAUUGAUAUAAUAAUGAUACCAAGCUUUUACAUUUCGUUUCAAUUAGAUGUUUCUUAGGAUUUUAGAGCAACUUUUCAAUACAGAAAUAGCUGCACUGUAUAGCAAUUUUAAGUUGCUCUAAUCGCGUAUACUUUAUUUCUCUCUUUUUUACAAAAGGCCACACAAAAAUUGUUGUAAUAUUGUAAUUCUCAUUUUGUUUAGUCUCAUCUGGCACCUACGUAAUAAAACAAGGUUGUAAAAUUUAGUAUUUUCUGUCAAUUCAAAUCUGUGAUGUCAAUAAAUAAAUGACUGGAACAAC